UGUAUUCUUGUCAUUUAAUGCGGCCAAAAAUACAGGGAUAAGGUUUUACCCCCAAAACUAAACCCGUAUGCCUCAAUUUCCCACCACCCAAUUUGCAUGUGUACCACUUCCCCGUUCUACUUACAUUUCGCUUAUUUAUUUAUACAUUAUACAGACACACAUAUAUAUGUUAUCACUUUCACAUUUCUCUUUAUAAAUAACGACUGCUCUCUUCAUCGUCACCCCUGCUUGUCAUUUGCAACUGCUCUUCACCUUGAGCCUUAUACUCAUUCCUCUUCAGAUAUUCAUCUUAAUCAUUAGGAACCAUGUGCGAGAAGAAGUGCGACCACCACGGCCAGAAGCACGAGCUCCACCGCCGCUUAUUCUGGGGGAUCAUCACUCUCGCUGUCAUCGUCCUCGUAGUGAUAUUCUUUAUAUGGCUCAUUCUCCAGCCUCAUAAGCCUAGAUUCAUCCUUCAGGAUGCUACCGUCAAUGCUUUAACUUUUUCAGGAACAAACUUCCUUACUUCCAACAUUCAGGUAACUCUAUCCACCAAAAACCCCAAUGAGAGGAUUGGGAUAUACUAUGAGAAGCUUGAUAUAUAUGCGUCCUACCGCAACCAGCAAAUGACCCUCGGAACACAGCUGCCUAGGAGCUACCAGGGUCACAAAGACAUCACUAUUUGGUCUCCAUUUCUUUAUGGUAAUUCUGUUCCCAUGUCUCCAUAUCUAGCUUCUGCUUUGAACGAAGACCUCAAUGCUGGUGCUGUCCUCGUCAAUAUUAAGGUUGACGGCUAUCUCAAAUGGAAGGUUGGCUCCUGGAUUUCAGGCAGGUAUCGUAUCAAUGUCAAUUGUCCUGCUUAUAUGACUUUCGGCAACCGUAAUCAUGGCAUUGCUGAUGGGGUAGGGAUCAAGUAUCAAUUUGUCCAAGGUUGCUCUGUGGAAGUUGCUCCUAGCUAGAUAAUUAGUGUUUUUCUUUUUUCUUCUUUUCCUAUUAGCUUCAUUUACAAGUCCAAUUUUGGAUUAUCAAUUUCAAAUCACAGCUAUUACUUACAUGUUA